UAGGGUCCGUGGUGAGGGGAGGUCGGACAGACGCGUUAACUUCCGCGAGAAAGAAGGAUUCACCAAUCCACGAUUGCGCAAAGAUCGCUUCGGGUUGCAGACGGGAUGCACCCGUCGGGGCGCCAUCCACCCGUCGGCGUCGCGAAAUCUUCUUUCGCGCGAAAGAUGCAACCCAAACCCGGAUGGGGGAUCCAAGAUUUUACCUAUACGGGGUACGUAAUGGACAGGGCGUGAGGGAAUUCGGCAGACAUUUUGGUUUGAGAGAGAGAAGUUAAACGGUUGGGCGGACUUGCAGACGGAAUCGGCGGUUUUUCUGCGGGAGAGGAGCGAGAGGAGAGAGAAAGAGGGGAGGGAGAGGAGGAUUUGGUGGGGCACAGGAUUGGGACUACUCGCAAUUGUUUUGAUAAGUUCUUUCAAAAAUUCAGUUUUCUUUCUGCAAUACAGAGGAGAUUUGCUUGAUUCCUCGGACAGGUGGGAUCGGAUGGAUUCUUGGACGAGAAAUGGCGUCCACCCUUGUGUCGUGACAGCUGGGAUCGAUCAUCUCCACCUUAUCAUCAUCAUCCUUCGUCGGUGGUGUUGACAAAAAGAGGGACUGAGAUCGCGCAUCCUUUUGGCAUCUUCGCAAGCCAUCAACAGAUCGCAUCAUCUGACAAUAUAGAGGGAGAGAUAGAUUGAUAGGGAGGGACGGUGCGUUGUUUCCUCCGACUUCGAACCUCUUCCUACCUGAUGGGGCACUGGCAGCCCUGGUUCCCUCCCCGCUGAUGCUAUGGUUGGACCCCGGUCAUGGUUUUCGGGACUCUUUUACCGCUCUAGUAAUAAACGUCAAAGUAGUGGCGAAAAAGAUUUUACUCUAACCUUUGUUCAGGAACAACGACUGCUAAAGCUCAAGGAACGGUUAAAUGUACCCUUUGAUGAGACUCGACCCGACCAUCAAGUAUAUAUCUUCUACCUCAUCCAGGAAGCUCUUAGAGCACUUUGGCAUGCUUCCUUCCCAGAAACAGAAAUCACAGGCUUGAUCUCAGAGCAAUGGAAGGAUAUGGGUUGGCAAGGUCCAAACCCAUCAACCGACUUCAGGGGCUGUGGAUUUGUUUCACUUGAGAAUCUAUUAUUUUAUGCCAGGACCUAUCCGGCUUCUUUUCAAAGGUUACUAUUCAAGCAAGAUGGAAUGCGAGCCACAUGGGAAUACCCCUUUGCUGUUGCCGGUGUUAAUGUUUCAUUCAUGUUGAUUCAGAUGCUGGAAUUGCAGUCAGAAAGACCCAAAUCUCUGCCAGGAAUCAACUUCAUAAAAAUUCUAUCAGAAGAUGAAGAAGCAUUUGAUGUUUUAUAUUGUAUAGCAUUUGAGAUGGUGGAUGCUCAGUGGCUUGCUAUGCGUGCUUCCUACAUGCAGUUUAAAGAGGUUUUGGAAGCAACAAAGAUCCAACUAGAGAGGGAACUCUCUUUGGAAGACAUCCAUCGAAUUCAAGAUCUACCAGCUUACAACCUUCUGUACAAAUAGGUUCACCACAAUCUAAUUUUAAAAGGCUGUCUUGUAAACAAUCCUCUGGAGCAAUAUCUAUCAAAUCCUCUUCAGUUCUCAAUCUUCUAAAGCUCAUUUAUCAUGUGGAAAACAUGCCGCAUGCCUAGAGAUCAAUGUUUGGUCCGUUGUUUGGCCCAUACAGGAAGUUAGGCCGACCUGUUGCAUGGCGCUUCACUGUUCCUGGUUGACUACCUACAAGAGACUACCUGCGGACUGUGGAUCUCACUGUCCCUUUGGGGCGAAGCAACUCUGAGCUCAUGCGGGAUCUCGCUUCAACUCCAUUUUGGGCCAGCCAAAUACUCAAAACGUGCUCCUCUUCGGCUGAAGUGAAGCGGAUGCCCAGUUUCGGUCAUCCAAACGGCCCCUCAGUCUCUUUUUUUUAAAUUAUUUUUUGAUUAUUAUUUUGCGCCUCUAUUUUACCAAGAAAAUGUAUCUAUGCAUAUGAAAUCAAGAAAAUUAGGAAAAGAAAAGCACUGAGGGCGAUGUUGGUGUUUGUCUUCUGGUC